AACCACUAAGGUACCAACACUGCCAGCUGUUUACUGACGAAGUUGUCUAUUUUACUUCACCUGUAGAUUAUUUCUUAACCGUAUCAGUUUGAUAAGAUUUACUCGUUAGUCCAAUCAAUUUUAUAACAAAGAACAUACAUACCAUUAUCAUGUCGACUCACGUGUUUAAUGUAGAAAUGACAUGUGAAGGUUGCUCCUCAGCAGUGGAGAGAGUGCUCAACAGGCUUAAAGGUCAGGGUGUAGAUAAUGUUUCAAUAAGCCUACCAGAACAGAAGGUAGUAGUGAAAUCUACACUCAGUGGUGAUGAAUUAUUGGAUAUUAUUAAGAAAACUGGCAAAAAAACUACUUAUGUUGGUGUACAGUAAAACUUGGAUCCUCCAUGCCCUAUGUGUAUAUACAGGUGUGAUGUGUAAGCAGUGAAAGUUAUUCAUAAGUUUAACAUAAUGCUGUAUUAAUAUUUAAAACUCGUAUUUGAAGAACCAUUUUUACAGCAGCUUGUUAUGUAUUUUAAAAUAUUUUUAUUACAAUAUGUAUUCAAUAUACAAUUU